UCGGCCCAGCUUUGCCUCUAGAGUCAGUUAUAUUAACUCUAUGCUCUAUGCUUGCGGCUCCCGUAAACUGCUGAGUUUCCUCUAGUGGUGUCUGCUCGUCUGCAGCGUGGCUUUUGUUUAGGUGCUUGUAGCUGUUGUUGAACCGUACAGCCUUGAGGGGCCUUGAGCUUCAACAGCUGCAUUGCAAGUGGCUGCAAUCAACCCUGUAAUAGUAGUCGUAGCGUUUAUUUCUUAGUAGCGCUUAAUCAAUCUGUGACAAACUUCCCUUGUGGGUAGUCCACUUGUGACUAUUAUAGGCCGGCGAGAUGUCGAGGACUCGCCUCGCGCACAAGUUGAGAUCCAUGGCUGCCAUUGUGGGCGGGGCAUCCCUGAGCUUUGUGGGCGUGGCAACCAUGUACGGCCAGGCUGACUUCUACAGCCGCUUCCUGAUGCCCGCCGUGCAUGCUGUGCUGGACCCAGAGCGUGCACACCUGCUGGGCGUCCAGGUGGCGCGGCUGCAGCUACUGCGUCCCCAGAGGGAGCCCGACCCUGAUGUUUUGCACACAGAGCUGCUGGGCCUGCAGCUGUCCAACCCAAUUGGUCUGGCAGCAGGCUUUGACAAGCACGCAGAGGGUGUGCCCGGUGCCCAUGACUGGGGCUUUGGCUUUGUUGAGGUUGGCUCGGUGACCCCGCUGCCACAGCCUGGAAACCCCCGGCCACGUGUGUUUCGGCUCACCGAGGACCUUGCGGUGGUUAACAGGUACGGCUUCAACAGUGUGGGCCACGAUCAGGUGUGGUCUUCCCUGCAUAGCAGCCGUGCUGCGUGGCGUGGCCCCGUGGGCAUCAACCUGGGUCGCAAUAAGGAAAGUUCAGAUGCAGCUGCCGACUACGUGGCAGGUGUUCACCGCUUUGCCGACCUGGCAGAUUACCUGGUCGUGAAUGUGUCAAGCCCAAAUACUCCAGGGCUGCGCACACUGCAGGGGCGGCACCACCUUGAGAAUCUGCUGCUCAAGAUGGGCCCCACUGCUAGAGCUCACUGCGUCCGUCCUCCCCAGGUGCUGGAGGCGAGGGACAGCCUACCCAGGAGACUGCCCGUGCUGGUCAAGAUUGCUCCCGACCUGAGCGAUGAGGAGAAAGCAGACAUUGCAGCUGUUGUCAUUAAUACAAAGUGUGUGUGCCCCUCGCAGGUGGAUGGCCUGGUGGUCUGCAACACGACUGUCUCACGCCCCAGCAGUCUGCGCAGCGAGCACAGGGUCCAGCCGGGGGGCCUCAGUGGCAGGCCACUCGGGGACCUCUCCACGCAGACCAUUGCGGACCUAUACCGCCUCACGAAAGGAUCCAUACCGAUUGUGGGUGUCGGAGGUGUGUUUUCUGGUGAGGAUGCAUAUGCCAAGAUCCGGGCUGGGGCGUCUGCCGUGCAGCUGUACUCUGCCCUAAUCUACAACGGUCCACCUGUGGUGCGCACGGUCAAGGCACAGCUGGCCGAGCUGCUCAGGAAAGAUGGAUAUGUAAGAAUUCAAGACGCUGUUGGAGCUGACCACAAAAAAUGAAGGCAAAGAUAUCCGUGCCACAGACCUUUUAUUUUUCUACACCAAAAGAAUACGCUUUAUAUUACUCCAUUACCUUACAUUCUCCGAAUACUCCGAGGUUAGUCGCUUGAAAACGAUCUUGUAAGCAAUCUGCAGUACAAAGCUCGAAAGACAAUUCGCUCACUACUGCUGCCGCUCUUCCUUCCGGCAGCGUUUUGACAGCAAGUGUCCGCGGUCAUCGAGUGAGAUGUGUUUAUGUUUGCCUGUGCACACGGGGAUACCAUUUGUGUUAAUUUAGUUGGUAAACGAAUGUUUACAAGUUUAUACGGCCGAUAAAACUACUAUCCUUACUUCGUAUGGCUGUCUAAUAAUUUCCUAUCACUAUCAAUGAAGUAGUACAUGUCCACAAUCUUCGUACAGGUAAGGUAGGCUUAAUGCUAUCACUGAGUUUGCAACAUACAGACACACAGAUAGCCAUCUAUUUAGUGGACUUGAAAGCUGAAAUCGAGGGAAGUUUUCUCAUCGUGUUCGGCAUGCCGUUUAAAGCAGGAAGAACGAAGGCUUUAGACAACAAUAUUUGUGCUGGGCUACCGUCAUACUGUAGUUGCGUGCAGUGCUGCUUGCCGUGUUUCGCACUCUACGUAUAUUGUCUGUGUUCGAUGGUUUCAGCUAGAUUAAAAAAAGAAACAUAAAUGUGCUUGGCAAAGGUGUAAUGUCAGCAAGGUAGGUUCGAGCUGCUAUGUCCUAUUCUUUUUGAUAACACAUUGGCUAGGGGCAUGUAUACAGUGUAGGACAAAAACAACUACAAUACAUUAUGCAAAAUUUUCCAGCACAUAUUGUCAGCUCUUCAUCUUUCUGCUGCACAUUUAUAGUUCAGGUGUGGCAGUAAAGGCUUUGACACAAGUGGUGUCCUCAUAGGAAAGCAAAGGACGUUAUGGAGACAACAGUGCUUACAGGGACUUCUGUAAAGAUUGUGUGAAUCUUUGCUAAUAAACAAGCACAAUUAA